AUGGCGCUCAUGGCCGCAAAUUCAGUCGUAGGGGCCUUUUUCUUCAUAUUUUAUUGCCUGGGCUGCAGUGUUGGGCCGCAGCUGUGGCAAGAACCUGAUGCCCCUCGCUACACUAAAGGCUGCAUCGCCAGCGUCGUCAGCUGGUGCUUCCUUGUCUAUUCCUUCACUCUGUUCUAUAUCACAGGGCGGAGGAGCAAUGCAAAACGCGAAGCCGCUUCGCAUCAGGCUCUUGGAGAAGUUGCAACUGAAGGAUUGGGGGUUGCAAUCGAUGAUGACAGCACAGAGCGCCAGGACAAGCUCUUCAGGUACUCGCUUUGA